UUUUUUAAAUUUUAUUACCACAAGCCAAACGCGUAACAAAAACACCCAAAAAAUAGACAACAUGAAAAAAGGUGCGAUUUUUUGAUUUUGGAUUUCAGUCUACCUACAACUUUGCAAUAGAACAAUUUCCAAUCUUUUGUACUUGUACACGAGCAUCGUUUUUGAAAAUUUUAAAUUAUUCAACAAUUCAACAUUAUGAUUCCAAUUCUCCCCUUCCAAAAUUUGUUCGAACCACAUCUGGUUAAUAGGAGCUGAAAAAUCCUGGAGGGGGGGAUCUUGGGUAAAAAAUUGGGAAAAUCUGACGAAAAAUUGGGAAAGUUUCAAUCUCACACCCAAUAUGCGACCGAGAUCAGGUGUGAAAAUGCAUACCUAAGAUUACCUACCUACAGUUACACACCAAUACUCGUCAAAAAAAUUUUACGAGCUUAGAAGUCACUCCCUGAAAGAACACGUGUUGUAAUGUAACAGCAGACAUGUUUAUCUGCAUCGAAGUGUGUGAUGUUCGCGAUAGGUAUGCUUUGAAAGUUUCAUUUUAAACUGUGAUCAUAUUUUGUGCAAAAUGAAUCAUUUUAAUAUGAAAUAAUUUCAUCACGAAGCAUCGAACUCCAGAGCAAGAUUAUUAUUGUGUACGUUUCCAAUCACAAGACGAUGGCCGAUGAAAAUACAAUCGUUUUCUAUUUCUCGCCGGUAUCAUUGUCGGAGAUGGCUUUAUCAAAACUGGCAUUAGUGUGUUGGCGUCAGCAAGUCGCCGAUCUAUACCCGGAUGUAGCCAGAGCGCUGUGGGCCAAAUGGUUUACCGAACAUGAAUUCAGCAUCAGCGAUAGUUUACAGUUGCCAAGCUUGAUUCAAAACCUCGUAGAUAAUCGUAUUGGAAUGAUGGGGCAGAAGUUGGAGAGAUGUUUUAAUAAUUUGGAGAGGUGCUUUGAAGAAAAACUUCACAAGUUUGUUUUAAUAUAUCUCGAAUACGCGAUUCUCGAUUCGAAUGGUGAAAUUUGUUUGAAAAGAACCGCCAAGAAUUUGCUGUCGAGUGGCCGAUUGAAUCCGGUGGACGAAUACAAGCUAGCUUGCGCGUACUACCUCGAAGAAGAUAUCGAACGUUUGUGGCCUUCGGUUUUGGGAGAUAGGAGUAUUCCUUUUGAAUACGAAUAUUCCCGGUAUCCUAGCUCACUGUAUUAUUGGACUUUUCGUUUGAGGAACCGACUCAAUGAGAUACCCGGCGACAAGCAAAAGUCGGCUGAAUUUCGUAUCUUAUCAUCAUUAGAGAUACCAAUGGAAUGGCCGGAAGUCGAAUACUACUGGAGUAGGAUAACCUCACGCCAACGAAAAUCACAAAUGAAUGUUAUUUUCCAGGAAAAAAACGAUGUAAUUGUAAAGUAUUUAUUGCCGAAAUUGAGCAAGGAGGAGUUGCAAUAUGUUCUGCAAAAAGCUACUACGCCGACUCCGGCCGUCAUUUUAUGCAGUUUGGCAGCAUUUCAGUCCCAUUGCGAUCUAGUCCUACAGGCGUGGAAUUUUAUGAAAUGGUCCAUCAAUGUUAAACAAUUUAUGCAAGUGUUGAGUGACUUGCAGAGAUAUUCGAAUCAAGAUCUUUCAGGUCGUACUGCUACUUUACUACACGAUAUAUGGACCAGUGCUCCGGAUGAUUUGAAAAACAAAAUUUCGAAUUAUAUGGUGACCAUUUUCUUCCGAUCGAUAUCAAUUAAACGUGUGCUCGCAGAAUCCUGUGGUUACGGCCGUAACGCGCAGAUUUAUCUUGAUUUGAUAACUAAAGUCGAAUCUGAAUCGAGAAAAACAUUGUGGUUGGAAAACUGGCGCAAAUUAAUUAUGGUUGUGAACGUCUCCGAUUUGAAAAAACUCAUGAAUUUAUGCUUCGAGAAUGGAACCGAUAUGGCCCAGUUUAAAGAACAUCACAUGAUGAAUUACGAAAUGCCACGACGCCUCAUCCGAAGUUCGCCAUACGGCAAUUCGCUCUGUACACGCCGAUAUUUCGAUGCAUUUAUAAAAAAAGGAUUAUGCGACGAAUUGAUCGAAUACCUGAAAUUUUGUUCUUCGGACGAAGAACGCGUGCGUAAUUUAAUGCGAGUAAUCGUCGAUACGAAUAAACCUUCUUUGCAUCAGCUCAAGUUUAACGCACUGGUGAAAUUCAAAGCCUUUAUCGUCAGCUCAUUUGCGUCAGCGGAAUUAGCCAACGAGUUUAUCAAGAACAUGAUCAGCAAAAAAGUAGAGUCAUGGUACGAUUUUUUGGACAAAGGGUGCCUGAAUAAAGCUAAAAAUCUUUUCGAGUGUUUCCUGUCUUCCGAACCGGAUUUAUUAGCCGAGGCUAAGCAGAAAUGUUUCGAACGUUGUCAGAUUAUCCUCAAGAGAGUAACAUUUCGCGUGUUUUAUCCCAGGGUUUGGCAACAGUUUCUGAAAUGGUGUGUUGCCAGCGAAGAAGACUUAACGAUGUUCAAAAAAUCUUUCCCAAUCGAUGAUGUAUUCAACAUACUCCUCAACAAAGCGACUAGCGGACAGCUGAUUCCAGUUGGUUUUGAUUAUGAUUCGUAUGCACCUAUGGCUAUACCUUUAGAGCAAUACCACACGUUCUCGAUGAAGGGUCCGGAUGAUGUCAUAGUGGCGGGUAUGUCAUCUGUGAAUAACUUUUUACUGUGGUUAUUCGAAUCUUACGAAGUUACGCAAGCAUUCAAGUUGAAGAAGAUCAAUGAUUACAAGAACGCCAGCGCCAUUGUGUGUAUGUUUAAUUGGGAAAAGAGGACGACCAUCGGCUUUAUGUUGAACUGGUUUUUCGACAAUCAUGACGCAGAGAGGGAUAUUUUUUUAGCGAAAAAUAGACACAUACGCGAACGAUUAAGAAGUGAUUUUUUGCGAUGGUCUGAAUCCGAAAGUGAAACAGAGGAUGAAGAGACAGAUGAGGAGACGGAUGAGAUGUACUCAGAUAGAGGCUGGUAGCAUCGAGAAGCGAACAAAUGUUUUUUGUUAACCAAAACAAAUAUAUUUUAGAAUCUUAAUUAUAGGUGAAGAUACCUAUUUCAAGCGAAUGCAUAUUUAGGUACCUACUUAGGUAUUGUUGUUUAUUUUUAAAUAACGUCCAAUUUAUUGUUCAAGUCUGAAAAACUUGUUUUUUUAAAUCAUUUUUUACUUUUCAUGUGAUUUUGUUUGAUGUUUUUGCGUCUUUUAAUUUUGGAUUUAAGAGAAAAACACUGAUAGUUUUUAUACUUUCUUUUUUCCUUAUGUACGUAAGAUAAUCUUAAGUUUGAUUGGAAUGUCUCUUUGCGAUCUGUUUUUCCUGAGAAUUUAAAAAGAAAUUAUAAAUUU